AUGGGCUACGAGGUGAAAGGGCAAGAAGAUAAAGUCUUGAAGUUGAAGAAGGCCCUAUACGGACUAAAGCAAGCACCAAGGGCAUGGAAUAGCAGGAUCGAUAAGUACUUGGAGGAGAAUGGCUUCACCAAAUGCCCUCACGAGCAUGCCCUCUACGUUAAAGUCAAUGGAGAGGAUAUAUUAAUUGUGUGCUUGUAUGUAGAUGAUUUGAUCUUCACAGGAAAUAAUCCAAAGAUGAUUGAGGAGUUCAAGAAGGCCAUGUCAAAGGAGUUUGAGAUGACAGAUAUUGGGCUGAUGGCGUACUACCUCGGCGUGGAAGUCAAGCAACUCGAAGAUGGGAUCUUCAUCACACAAGAAGGAUACGCCAAGGAAAUUCUCAAGAAGUUCAAGAUGGAGGACUGCAAAGCAAUCAACACGCCAGUGGAAUGCGGGAUAAAAUUAUCCAAGAAUGAUGGAGGAGAAAAGGUGGACCCGACAUUGUUCAAGAGCUUGGUUGGAAGUUUACGGUACUUAACUUGUACAAGGCCGGACAUUCUUUAUGCGACAGGACUCGUGAGUCGCUAUAUGGAGAAUCCAACCACUACGCAUUUUAAGGCGGCGAAGAGAAUACUACGAUAUCUCAAAGGUACGCUCGACUAUGGCCUAUUAUAUUCAAAUACUGAUGAUUAUAAGCUUGUUGGCUAUAGUGAUAGCGAUUGGGCUGGAGAUAACGAUGAUCGAAAGAGCACAAGUGGCUUCGUGUUUUUCAUGGGAGACACUGCCUUCACCUGGAUGUCAAAAAAGCAACCUAUAGUGACGUUGUCAACGUGUGAAGCUGAAUAUGUGGCUGCCACAUCCAGUGUUUGCCAUGCAGUUUGGCUACGAAGUUUACUGGAAGAGCUUGGAUGGCCACAAAAGGAGCCAACAACGAUUUGCGUGGAUAAUAAGUCAGCAAUCGCGCUCUCAAAGAAUCCGGUGUUUCAUAAUCGAAGUAAGCAUAUUGACACCCGCUUCCACUACAUCAGAGAAUGCAUCGCAAAGAAGGAAGUUCAAGUGGAAUACGUGAAAUCACAAGAUCAAGUUGCAGACAUCUUCACAAAGCCACUCAAGCAUGAAGAUUUUAUCAAGCUGAGAAGUUUGCUCGGAAUGACAAAUCAAGUUUAA